AUGAGCUCCCCAGAUGAGGUUUCGGGCUUGGGAGCGGGUCUCAACUCAGAGGGUGGGGAGCAGGGCGGCGUCCAGCAGGACAGCCCUGGAGGCCAGCAGGGGCUCGGCCUCGGCCAUGAGCAGGGGGCACCGCUCAACAAUGAGGGGGAGGGUGGGGUCCCAGCCCGCGGGGACCUCGAGGUCAAGAAGGAAGUGGUGAAAGCAACAGGGACCUUCCUGUGGAGUCAGGAAGACCGACCUGGCUCGCAGAAGAUCAGAAAUGAAGAUAACCUGGAUCAUGGGUCAUGCUAUCAAGAGCCUGAAGAUUUCGCAGCCAUCUUGCAACAUUUGUUACAUCUGGAUGAACAGAGCGGGUUCCGGAGCAAGUCGUCCACAGAAAGCUGCGACACCCACGAAUCCACCUCCUGGGAGGACCCAGACAAAGAGCCCACUGACAGAAGCACUACUGUCCCUAGCAAUUCUAGUGCAGAAUCACAGCGGACGUCUCACGCCCUUAGUGUGCCUGAAGGAGGCCAGGCAUGGGGAACCCCUAGAAGAGGCCCCAAAAGAAGCCUGAGCACCACUAUGGAUCUCCCAAGGCCCUCCAUAGAAAUCAAGGCAGGGCCUUCAUCCUCAGUCGCGUACAGGAAGAGACAACAGAUGAGGAUGAGCAUUUGCUCCAAAGCUGCUGGCUGGCCCGAAAAUCUCAAAGAUCCAUCGAGACAUCCCACUCCCCACGUCCAGAAGAACAUCUUUCACACAGCCAGCUCUUUCGUGGCCACCACUCCGCGGCGAUUCUCCUCCGCUUCAGAAAGGCAGCCUGUUGAAGAGCUAGACUGCUCUUCAAUGAAAAAAACACAAAGCCGCACCGUCUGGAGCCUGAGACAACCCAGGCCCACCUACUCAGGCCCUACAGCUGGAGGUGCCUUGCCCCGGGUUACAUCUACAAGGAAGGGAGGCCAUCAGAAGGUCUGCCCCAGCGAUGCCUCGAGAAUUACCAUGCUAAGAAAACCGCCAUCCUUGCCUUCGUGGGGGCAGAGGUUCUCCAGAGGUCCCCCGGAGCCAGCCACCUUGCCUCCCAUCUUUGGCAUUCCACUGCUUCUCCCUCCUAGGCCCUAA